AUGCCAAAUAAUGGUCUUCUCUUCGUUGCCAACGCAGCUAAAGCUCAUAGCCUAUUUACUAAAGUGAAUCAGUUUGUAAAAAAUGUGUUAUACAUUAAAAUUAACAACAGUUGUGGUAAUUUACUACCAAUUUUAAAUAAACAAAUUGUGAAUGUUUACAAUAAUGCAAUACUACAAAAUACAGACGUUAGACUAAUGUUGAAGCCUAUUCAACCUGCAGAAAUUAUUAAAACAAAUCACAUGAUAGAUCUCAUAUUUUAUGAGAGUGAUUUGGCUAAACAAGUAGAAGAUUUGAAACAAUCUGUUAAUAACAUUGAAACAGGAUGUAAAGUGCAAGUUGUAGAUUCUCAAAAGGAUGAGGAAACAAUAGAGGCUGAAAAAGUAAAGACCUAUGAAUAUGUAGCAGUUGGUGGCACAUUUGACAGACUGCACAAUGGACACAAGAUUCUGCUAUCACAAGCAGCCUUACGAUCCACCAAACACUUAACAGUGGGAGUAACUGAUGUUAAUAUGAUUCAAUCAAAGGUGCUGUGGGAGUUAAUAGAACCAGUAGAAAAGAGAAUAAAGGGUAUUCUUGAUUUUCUAACAGAUAUAAAUCCUGAUCUGGAAUAUAACGUAGAGCCUAUUCAAGACCUUUAUGGGCCAACUAAAUCAGACCCUAGGUAUGAGUUAAUAAUAGUAAGUGAAGAAACAAAGCGAGGAGCAAUAAAGAUUAAUGAGGAACGCGAAAAGAACGGAUUGCGACCACUUGAUGUGUAUGUAAUAGGAUUGGCAGCAGAUGUCACUCCCCAACGAUCAGCAGAAGAAGAAAGUAAGAUCAGCUCCAGUAAUCAAAGAAUGAGAUUGCUUGGAACUGUGCUGCGGGAACCCGUGCCAAAUCCCAAUAUUCCCCGUCGCCCAUAUGUGAUAGGAUUAGCUGGUGGAAUUGCAAGCGGAAAGAGUAAUAUAGCUGAGAAAUUAAAAUCAAAAGGCGCAGCAAUUGUAAAUUGUGAUAUAAUCGCACACGAACUGUACAAGCCCGGACUACCGCUCAACCAAACUCUGUCCGAAGUUUUCGGCGGACAUAUUAUAACGGACAAUGGCGAAGUCGAUAGAAGGAAAUUGGGGCAGAUCGUCUUUAGUGAUAAGGAUCAAUUAGAAAAAUUGAACCAAAUAGUAUGGCCCGCUGUAAUAGAGGAGGCACAAAGACGAAUUAAGGCAUUAGGUGAAGAGGGCUAUAAAGUUGUGGUGAUGGAAGCGGCUGUGAUGGUGAGGGCCAAGUGGUAUAAAUACUGUCACCAGCUGUGGUCAGUUAUAAUACCACCUAAUGAGGCUGUCAAGAGACUUCAAGAACGUAACAAUCUAUCGGAAGAUGAAGCUAGAAAGCGUGUAGAAGUGCAGCCAUCAAACCUUGAACAAGUGGCCGCAGCCAACAUUGUGUUCAGUCCGUAUUGGAGUUAUGAGUACACACAGUCACAGAUCGAUAAGGCCUGGGAUCAUUUGCAACAGUAUCUCUACAACGACACAUCUAAAUGA